CACUCUUCUGUUCUCUCCCCCCUUAGAAGCACUCGGAGGCCCCGCGGAGUGGUGGGGUAGCUUCCAGCAUGGGCUCCAGGCGGAGAUGCUCCGGACCAACCCUGGGCGUGGUCCUGCACCUGGUCUGCUCCUGCUUGGGAAUCAGCUCCAUCGACACCGACCGGCCGGGGGAGGGCCGGUGCCAGCCCAUCGAGAUCCCCAUGUGCAAAGACAUCGGCUACAACAUGACCCGCAUGCCCAACCUGAUGGGCCACGAGGAGCAGCAGGAUGCGGCAAUCCAGCUGCACGAGUUUGCCCCUCUGGUGGAGUACGGCUGCCACGGGCACCUGAAGUUUUUCCUCUGCUCCCUCUACGCCCCCAUGUGCACCGAGCAGGUGUCCACCCCCAUCCCGGCCUGCCGGGUGAUGUGCGAGCAGGCUCGGCUGAAGUGCUCGCCCAUUAUGGAGCAGUUCAACUUCCGGUGGCCCGACUCCCUGGACUGCAGCAAGCUGCCCAACAAGAACGACCCCAAUUAUUUGUGCAUGGAGGCCCCCAAUAACGGCUCCGAGGAGCCACCCCGGGGCUCCAGCAUGCUACCUCCCAUGUUCCGGCCCCAGAGGCCCCACAGCUCAGGCCACGACCUGCCCCAGCCGAAGGACGGGCUGGGCCGGCUAUCCUGCGAGAACCCGGGCAAGUUCCACCACGUGGAGAAGAGCAGUUCCUGUGCUCCGCUCUGCACCCCCGGGGUGGACGUCUACUGGAGCCGCGAGGACAAGCAGUUUGCCGUCAUCUGGAUGGCGGUCUGGUCCAUCCUCUGCUUCUUCUCCAGCGCCUUCACCGUCCUCACCUUCCUGAUUGACCCCCAGCGCUUCAAAUACCCCGAGAGGCCCAUCAUCUUCUUGUCUAUGUGCUACUGUGUCUAUUCAUUGGGGUACAUCAUCCGCCUCUUCUCCGGCGCGGAGAACAUUGCCUGCAAUCGGGACGGCGGCCAACUCUACGUCAUCCAAGAAGGCUUGGAGAGCACCGGGUGUACCUUAGUUUUCCUGAUCCUCUAUUAUUUUGGCAUGGCCAGCUCCUUGUGGUGGGUGAUCCUGACCCUGACGUGGUUCCUGGCCGCUGGGAAGAAGUGGGGCCACGAGGCCAUCGAAGCCAACAGCAGCUACUUCCACUUGGCUGCUUGGGCUAUCCCGGCCAUCAAGACCAUCAUGAUCCUGGUGAUGCGCCGGGUCGCAGGGGACGAGCUGACGGGAGUAUGCUACGUGGGCAGCAUGGAUGUCAACGCGCUGACCGGCUUCGUGCUGGUCCCCCUGGCUUGCUAUCUCAUUGUCGGGACCUCCUUCAUCCUUUCGGGCUUUGUGGCCCUCUUCCACAUCAGGAGGGUAAUGAAGACUGGGGGGGAGAACACCGACAAACUGGAGAAGCUCAUGGUGAGGAUCGGCGUGUUCUCCGUCUUGUACACUGUGCCGGCGACGUGCGUCAUCGCCUGCUACUUUUACGAAAGGCUCAACAUGGGCUACUGGAAGGUUUUGGCCACGCAGCAAAAGUGCAGGGUGAACAAUCACACGAAGCAUCUGGACUGCGCCAUGAGCAACUCUGUUCCAGCUGUGGAGAUCUUUAUGGUCAAAGUCUUUAUGUUACUAGUUGUGGGGAUAACCAGUGGCGUCUGGAUUUGGACCUCCAAGACGCUGCAGUCCUGGCAAAGUGUUUGCAGCCGGGGGAUCAAGAACAGGACUCGGAGAAAACCAGCCAGCAUGGUGGCAAGUGGAGGGCUUUAUAAAAAACCCCAACCUUUGCCUACAGUGCAUCAUGCAAAGUACGAGUCAGCUUUACAACCCCCGACCUGUGUGUGACCACCAUGGGUCGUAAGGGUCAUAAUAAUAUUAAUCACAAGACUUGGAAAGAAACUGGAAGAGAUUCCCAAGCGCUCACUACAGCACUGUGAACUAAAGAAGGGUUUUUUUUAAAAUGCUUUUAAAAC